AUGUUCUUUCACGAAUUUCAUGUGAUCCUUGUGGCGAUGGUGGUGCUUUUGGCCAUUCAGUGCUCUCUCACCAACCUUCCAUUAUCAUUAACCUUCCAUCAUCCUCAUCAUCCUCAUCACCACCACUCCUCAUUCAUACAAGCCGCCAAGAUUGAUUACCAUCAAGUCCUUGAUGAUUACAUGAAACAACCAACUCCUUCCUAUUCCUAUCAAUAUCUCUAUCAAUAUACCAAUUCCUAUGCCACGAUUCAUGUUCUCAACAUGACAAGUGUGUUUUGGUUAACAAGUAAAGAGAUUGGAAGGAGACACGAGUGGUUUCAUUACAUUGAAAUUGCAAUUCCACAUUCAUUAGAUAAAAACAAAAAAGAGGGUUUGUUAAUGAUUACUGGUGGAUCACAACAAUCAUCACCACCACGUGGAGAUAGUGAACUUUCCAUCAUGUCAUUUCUCACUCAAUCGAUAUGCUCUGCCAUUCAUCAAAUUCCAAAUCAACCCAUUGUAUUUGAAUCAGAUCCAUUGAAAAAGUCACGUGUUGAAGAUGGAAUUCUUGCAUUUGCUUGGGCACACUUUUUAAAUCAUACCGAUGAAACCAAUUGGAUCCCUCGAUUACCAAUGGUCAAAUCUUCACUUCUUGCUAUGGAUACCAUUCAAGAUUACACUUCUAAUCAGAUUCCAAAUGUCCAUAUUGAACAAUUCACCAUUGCUGGUGCUUCUAAAAGAGGAUGGACCACAUGGUUGGUGGGUGUUGCAGAUUUGAAACAUCGUGUCAAAUCCAUCAUUCCAAUUGUAAUUCCUGUUGUAAAAACAAGACAAGUAUUAGAACAUACUUUUAAUUCAAUUUGUGGAUGGCCAGAAGCAAUGAAUGAUUAUGUUCAAGAAGGUAUUACUGCACAAUUGAAUUCUGAUGCAUUUAAGAAAUUGACAGAGGUCAUUGAUCCAUUUGAAUACAAUUCAAGACUCUCCAAAACUAACAAAUACAUGGUCAAUGCAGUUGGUGAUCAAUUCUUUUGGCCAGAUUUAUCUCAAUUCAGUUACAAUGAAUUGGAUGGUGGUGAUGAAUAUAGACAUUUGAGAUAUGUUCCCAAUGCAGAUCACUCUCUUGCUGGUACUGAUGCAUUCAUGACCAUUGCUGCUUAUUAUUAUGGUGUUUUGAAUCGUAUUGAAAUGCCCAUCUAUAAUUUUACAGCUCAAUACGAUUCCAAUGGUAUGCGAUUAACUUUAAAUAUUCGAAAUGGAAAGAAACCUACCAGUGUCUUGUUAUGGCAAGCAUUUAAUCCAAAAGCAAGAGAUUUUAGAGUUCAAACCAUUGGUAACUCGGCAUGGAAAUCGACACCAUUGGUGGUGGAUGAAAAUUCAUUGUCAUGGCGUGUCUACAUGAAGAAUCCUCCAAAGAGUAGUAAUAGUAAUAAUAAUAAUAAUGGUGAUGGUGGUACGAGUGGUGGUGGUUAUACGGCCUUCAUGAUUGAAAUGACCUUUGAUGAUUAUUUCAAGUUGCCAAUACCAGCACCACUCAAAUUUACCACAAGUGCCUAUAUUUUACCACAAACAUUUCCAUGCAAGUAUUGA